GGCGGGAGCUUUCAAACCUAAAACAGGAAGUAGCUUGAACCAGCGCGCAGGCUGCCUCUCAGCGAUAACUCUGUAAUUUAUUCAUGUGAUUUUGACAUUAAAAAUAAAACAUUUAUAUCCAAUUUUCUUCCCUGGGAGCAUCAGAAGGCGGUUAUUAAACUGCUGGGAGACAAAGAACCGGAACAACAUGUCGGCCUCAGCUGCGGAGAGCCGCUAUGAGCGUCUCACAGCAGAGCAGAUGGACGAGCAGCGGAUCCAGAAUGUGGCCUAUCAGUACCUUUGCAGGCUGGAGGAGGCUAAGAGGUGGAUAGAGGCCUGUCUGGGGGAGGAACUUCCUGCUCCGACCGAGCUUGAGGAGGCUCUGAGGAAUGGAGUCAUUCUGGCCAAACUGGGUCAUCGCUUCUCUCCGAACACGGUCCCGCUGAAGAAGAUCUACGACCCAGAACAGCUCCGAUACCAGGCGGCGGGUCUACAGUUCCGUCACACCGACAACAUCAACCACUGGAGGAACGCCAUGACAGCCCUGGGCCUGCCUGCGAUCUUCCAUCCUGAAACUACAGACGUCUAUGACAAGAAGAACAUGCCGAGAGCCGUUUACUGCAUCCACGCUCUCAGCCUCUACCUGUACAGACUGGGUUUGGCUCCGCCUAUUCAUGAUCUCUAUGGAAAGGUAAAGUUCACAGAGGAGGAGAUUAACAACAUGAAGCUGGAGUUGGAUAAGUACGGAAUCCAGAUGCCAGCUUUCUGCAAGAUCGGAGGCAUCCUGGCCAAUGAGCUCUCUGUGGACGAAGCUGCAGUGCAUGCAGCUGUAGUGGCCAUUAACGAGGCGGUGGACAGAGGCGACGUGAGCAUCACGGCUGCAGCUCUGAGGAAUCCUGCAGCUCUGCUCUCUGACCUGCAGGAGGCGCUGAUGAGCAUCUAUCAGGAGAUGCUGAAGCAGGCCAAGAUGAGGAAGGCUGAGCAAGCAGCCUGCAAGCGCGGAGCCUCAGAGGAUAAGGACAUGUACGAGGAGUACCUGAGUCAGCGGGAGAUCCAGGAACACAUCAGAACCGUCAACGUGCGAUCUGCGGUGGAGCAGGUGGAUGAAGCUCUGGAUGCUGCAGAUGAACUCUCUCUGCUUGCUGCGCUGCAGCUGCCAUGUUUGGCCCUCAGGGGCCUCCGUGCUGAAAACGGCCCCUGGUACCUGGAUCAGCUUUUGAUGGAUCGCCAGCAGAAGGCUUUGGACCAGGGCUCUGUGGAUCCUCUUGAACCAACCGAGCUCCAGGAAAGCAUCUCCGCUGCCAACCAGGAAGCUCAGAGAGCCACGAACGUGCUCAUGGCGGUGCAGAGCGUCAACGAGUCGCUGCGUGGAGACGACCCCAGACGCACCGUGAGCUGCCUGAUGAACUCUGACCUGCAGCUGCCUGAGGUGUUCCCGUCGGCUGCGACGCUUUACCACCGUGAGCUGCAGCUGCUGCAGAGCCGGACUGCUGAGGGGGAGCUAUAUCAGGAAGAGCUUUUCGUUGCUGUGGAGAUGUUGUCAGCCGUUGCUCUGAUCAAUCAGCGUCUGGAGGCGGGACAUGUGCAGAAGUUCGGCUCCUCGUUGGUCAGUCCCUCUGCAGGACUCUGUGAUGUAGACCCCGCCCUCAUGGACAGGUACUUUGAGCUCCUGUUGGACAUGAAGCAGCAGCUCGGCCGAGGACUGCUGACCUGGAAUCAGCUGCAGGAAGGAAUCAACCGGGUGAACGGCUCAGCCCAGAAUGAACACCAGCAGCUCCUGGCGGUCGGCCUGAUAAAUGAGGCUGUGAUGAGGGGAGACGUCCAGCAGCUGUCGUCUGCUCUGAUGCUGCCGUCCUGUGGUCUGGAGGAGGUCCUGCCUGCCAACGCCUGCAGGUACCUGACCCUGCUGACCCGAUCCAGACAGCAGAAAGUCCAGAUGAGCAGAGACUUGGGAGCUGAGCUGUGGUUGGCUGAUAUCCAGGAAGAGGUGAAGCUGGCCAAUCAGCAGAGCCAGAAAGCCCUAAAGUUGUGCCUGGCGGUGGCGGCGGUGAACCAGGCGGUGAAGGAGAACCGGGCCAAGCAGACUCUACGUGUUCUGUCAUUGCCAGAACUGGAGCUGCGAGGAGUUUUAUCAGACUGCGCCGCCGAUUACCAGCGAGAACUCAGCGCGCUGAUCACAGACAGGGCACGCUCAGGUAACGAUCGGAGUCCAUGGGUUCGAGUCCAGCUGGCGGACGGAUCAUUUUAUUACUUCCACCUGAACACUCUGGAGGGAAGCUGGGAGAAACCGAACGGAUUCAAACAUCACGGACUGUUUAUCGGCCCGCAGGAGAUCCAGGCAGUAGUGAGCAGCGUUUCUACUUCCUACAGUCGUAAAGUCCGUUGGCAGAGCAGUGGGGCCCUGAUUGUUCGUCUGCAGGCUCACUGUCGGGGCUUCCUGGUCAGACAGCAGCUGGAGGUUCGACGGCGGUACUUGAUCAGUCAGACUCCUGCUGUAGUCACCAUCCAGGCUCAUUGGAGGAGGUUCAUCCAGCAGAGGGCGUACAGGCGGCGCCUGAAGUACCUCUACAGCAACUGGAGGUCUGUUGUGAAGAUCCAGUCGUUUGUCAAGAUGUGGCUCGUCAGGAGAAGAUAUUUGUCACGGCUGAGAUUCUUCAAACAGAACGUGGAUGCUGUGAUAAAGAUCCAGGCCUUCUUUAGAGCCAACAGAGCCCGACAUGAGUACCGCAUGUUAGUGCAUUCGGACACGCCCCCCCUGUCUGUGGUCAGGAAGUUCCUUCAUUUGCUCGAUCUGGGAGAUGCUGACAUCAGAGAGGAGGCGGAGCUUCUGCGUCUGCGAGAGGAAGUGGUGAGAGGCAUCCGCUUCAACCGGCAGCUGGAGACCGACUUGGACCUGAUGGACCUGAAGAUCGGGCUUCUGGUCCGAAACAGAGCCACGCUGCAGGAAGUUGUGUCCCACUGCAAGAAACUGACCAAGAAGAACAAGGAGCUGCUGUCGGACAUGAUGGACGUAGAGAGAAGCAAAGGACUGAAAGCCCUGAGCCGAGACAGGAGGAUGAGACUGGAAGCCUACCAACACCUCUUCUACCUUCUGCAGACACAGCCUCUCUACCUGGCUCAGGUGAUCUUCCUGAUGCCUCAGAGUCGCUCCACCGCCUUCAUGGAGAUGGUGGUGUUCAGCCUGUUCAACUACGGCUCCGAUCGCCGUGAAGCCUUCCUGCUGUUGCAGCUGUUUACUGAGGCGCUGAGAUAUGAGAUAAGGCUGAAGGUAGAGCAGCCACAGGACGUCAUUACUGGGAAUCCCACCGUCAUCAAAAUGCUGGUGAACUUUUACCGCCACGCUCAGGGUCAGAACUCCCUGCGAGAUUCUUUGGGUCCAGCUCUACAAGAUGUCCUGCUAGACCAAACCCUCAACAUCAGAACGGACCCAGUUGAGGUCUACAAGACCUGGAUCAACCAGACUGAGACCCAGACUGGACACAAGAGCUCUCUACCCUACGAGGUUUCUGCUGAGGACGCCCUGUCCCAUCCUGAAGUUCAGCGAAGAAUCGACAUCGCCAUCAUCAACCUGAAGAACCUGACAGACCGUGUGCUCAAAGCCAUCACCUCCAACCUCAACAAAAUUCCUUAUGGUCUUCGUUACACAGCAAAAGUUCUUAGAGACACGUUGAAGACAAAGUUCCCUGCAGCCAAUGAAAGCGAGCUUUACAAGAUUGUCAGCAACUUGGUGUACUACCGCUACAUGAACCCGGCCAUCGUGGCUCCGGACGGGUUCGACGUGCUGGAUCGGUCAGUGGGAUCCACUCUGCAGCCUGAGCAGCGCCACAUCCUGGGAUCCAUCGCUCGCAUGUUGCAGCACGCCGCUGCCAACAAACACUUUCAUGGAGACGGAUACCACGUCCGAACCCUGAACCAGUACAUCACCCAGACCCACAGCAAGUUCAGGACGUUCCUGCGCAGCGUCUGCGACGUUCCAGAACCGGAGGAGCGGUUCAGCAUGGACGAAUACUCCGAGCUGCUGAUUGUCAACAGGCCUGUGAUCUACAUCUCUGUCAGCGAGCUGCUAAACACUCACAAGCUGCUGUUGGAGCACCAGGAGGUUUUGUGUCAGGACCCGUUGGACCCCCUGAGGCUCAUCCUGAAUGAUCUGGGCCCGGUCCCCACGCUUCAGGAGCUCAUGGGGGAGACGGCGGCUGAUCCAGGGGCGGAGUCCAGUAAGACGGAGGUUUCUCUGACUCUCACCAACAAGUUUGACAUCUUUAACGACUCUGAGGACAAACCUGACGCCCGUGGCCUGCUGCUUAGCACCAAACAGCUGAUCAUCGACGUCAUCAGGACUCAGUCAGGAGACUCCCUGAGGGAUCUGCUGAGAGGAAAAACCUCACCUGACCAGGAAGUGUGUCACGAUUGGCUGAUGCAGCGCCGCGCCCGGCAGGAUGCUCAGACGCCUGAGAAGAUGAAGAGGAACCAGUCGCUGGUCGCCAACGGCAACCUGAGUCUGGAGGAGAAGAAGAGGAAGAUUCUGCGGAGUCUGUGUCGCCUGGAGGCGCUCGGGGUUCUGAGGCCGCCUCGAGCCGAGAACCAGAUCCUGCAGAUGAUAGCCAAGGACAUCCGGCAGCAGCGCCUGCAUCGUCAGCGCCGAGGGGCGGAGCUUCAGAAACUCCGCCAGACGCUCGGCAGUCUGCAGGAGAAGAGCAGCUUCCACAGCGAGCAGGUCGACUUCUACAGACAUUACAUCACUUCCUGUCUGGACAACUUGACCAACAGUAAAUCGGCCAAUAAGAAGACAGCAGAAAGCAAAGGGAAAAAGAAGCUUCCUGCUCUGAGCUACAGCGCCGCCCGGCUGCAGGAGAAGGGAGUGCUGCUGGAGAUCGAAGACCUGCCGAGCACGCAGUUCAAGAACGUCGUCUUUGACAUCUCACCUGGACCAGAGAAAGGAAGCUUCAGCAUCAAGGCCCGAUUCCUCGGAGUCCCCAUGGAAGAAUUCCUGCUCAAAUACCAGGAUCUUCUGCAGCUGCAGUACGAGGGCGUGGCCGUGAUGAAGAUGUUCGAUAAGGCAAAGGUCAACGUUAAUCUGCUCAUCUUCCUCCUGAACAAGAAGUUCUUCAAGAAAUGAACAAGGAAACACUCCCGUCUUCACUCCUAUCUUUGCCCUCUCCCUCCGGCUCUUCUUUUGUGUUUGUCGAUCAAAGUGAACGUCUGUUUUCAUUUACGUCUCUCUUGUGAUCCUUUUGUCUUUUAAGUGUGCCUCAGUAUAACGGAGUGAGGCUUCUGUUUAUCUCCUAUCUCUGUGGUGUUCUUCAUUUGCUGCUGCCUCCUUUCACACUCCAUCUAAUAAGUUUUAAACAGAAUAACUCAUCUGUGCAUAAACCUAUCUUGUUUUAUUCACUCCACACUAUGCAUUAUGAACCUUAGUGAUGCAUCAUGCUUCCACUGAUCUUUGCACUUUACAAUUUUGACCUGGACACCUGAGAACUUGAUCAGUGAGCAGUCACCUUCUACACUCCU